AGGCAGAAAUGUGUUUUGUAAUGCGUAUUUGCAUAUCUAUAUAUCGUUAUUUUCGACCACACCGCGUUCACUUCACUCCGGACGUUGUGCAAGUUUCAGAAAGCCGGGAAAUGACUAAUCAAAAUAACAUCCCCAAUUAUAUAAAUGAUCAACGUCGCAAGGCUCGUGAAAGAUUCGAGAGACUAUAGUCCGGAAAUAUAGUACUUAAAUUAUAGUAUAAUCAGAUAGAAAUAUAAAAUCUUGCGAGAAAUAAGAAAUCCAUUUUUGGAUCUCCCUAAUUUAACAAAACAAAACUGCCAGGAUACGCGCACAAAAAACACCCAAGUUUUCACAAAGAAAGAACAGUCAUGAGCCAUUUGGGCCUAACGGAUGUGCACCAAUCCCAGGAUGCCACCCCAGACUUGGAAUCCUUUACUGGCUUUGGUAACUCCGCUGCAGAGGCGUUUAUCCAGAGUCUCGCAGGAAUGGUGAAUCAGGGGGAUGUGGAAACCAUGAUAAGGGCUCAAAAGCAAAUGCUGCAACGCUUCGAAAAAACCAAUGAGAUGCUCCUAAACUGCAAUGCACUUUCUCAGAGUCGCCUGAAAAGCGCCAGCGAGGAUUUCAAAAGACAUGUGAAAUGCCUAAAUGACAUGAAGAAGGAUCUGGACUAUAUAUUCCGAAAGAUACGGGUCAUCAAGCAGAAGCUGCAGUUGCAGUUUCCCGCCAUAUAUGCCGAAGUGCAGCCGCAAAGGAGCAGUUUGGCGGAGGAAGCCGAGGAUGACACGGAAGCCCAGGCCAAAAAGGCCACAGAAGCACCAGCUCCAUCGGCAGGAAAACCUGUCCAACCCACUGCAGCCACCAAAAAAAGUGCUGCCACCAUUGAGUAUGUGCAAAUGGAGGAGGCCGUGGACAAUGGCACCGUGGAGAUCGAAAACGAGCUGAUCAAACGCGUCUGCUCCGUGGAAACGGCCAAUCCUAAUGACUCCUCCGACUGCACAUCCGAGGAUACAGGUUGAACAACUCUACCCUUAUUAGUUAGCUUUAGUUUAACAGUGUAUUUAUAAUGUAUAAUAACUUAUUGGUUUAAAUAUAAUCCGCUACAUCCAAGGA